UUCAAGUUGGAAGCCAUGCCCUUUGCUGCCGACCCAGCACACACUGUUUGUUUCUUUGUCAGUUUGCCUUUUCUUCACACCAAGUUCAGCAUAAGCUGCAUUUUUUAAAUUUUUUUAAUCUUUCCCUUUUUUAUUUUGUCAUGUAUCUUUUUCACCUGCUUUGAACCCUUUUCCUGAUGCUUUUUAAGCUUCAGCUAAUUAAGGCAGCUCACAGGCUGGAUUCUAGCAUUGAUAGACCACUAUGCUUGGCUCCUGGUCACAGUUGCAGACACAGUCACAGCUGAUGAGUUCAUCAAAUUCCCAUGAUCGACAUCAAGAAGAAGAGACUCCAGGGCCACCAACAGCAUUUCAUAUGCGUCAAUUGCUAGUCAGUUGUGCAGACCUCAUCUCUCAAUCUGACUACUCCGCCGCUAAACGGUUCUUCUCCAUUUUGUCUUCCAACUCUUCUCCUUAUGGUGACUCCACCGAGAGGUUGGUUCAUCAGUUUAUUCGAGCCCUUUCUCUCCGCCUCAAGGGCCAUGGAAUCUCUACAAGUAUUGCUCCUGCUGCUCAUGUUUUCAAUAUCAACAACAUGGUUACUUCUCGUCCUUGUGGGACUAAUGAUAAGAUGUUGAUCAGCUAUGAGUCGGAUCAGGAGACUCUUCGGUCUUGCUAUUUGUCUUUGAAUAAGAUCACCCCAUUCAUAAGAUUCUGCCAUCUAACAGCAAAUCAGGCUAUUUUGGAAGCAAUACAAGUAGGACAGCAAGUCAUUCACAUCAUAGACUUUGAUAUCAUGCAUGGGGUGCAAUGGCCUCCAUUGAUGCAAGCUUUGGCUGAGCGAUCUAACAACAGUCUUCAUCCUCCUCCUAUGCUUCGAAUCACUGGAACUGGCCAUGAUUUGAACGUCCUCCACAGGACAGGAGACCGCCUUUUGAAAUUUGCUCAGUCUCUGGGCCUCAGAUUCCACUUCCAUCCUCUUCUACUACUAAACAAUGACCCUACCUCACUUGCCCACUGUCUCCCCUCAGCAAUUACUCUUCUCCCAGAUGAAGCUCUGGCCGUGAACUGCGUUUCGUAUCUUCACAGGUUCCUUAAGGAUGAUUCUCGUGAACUGCUCCUUUUUCUCCAUAAAAUCAAGGCCUUGAACCCUAAGGUGGGGACCGUUGCUGAAAGGGAAGCCAACCACAACCACCCUCUCUUCUUGCAGAGAUUCCUGGAGGCCCUAGAUCACUACACAGCUCUCUUUGACUCACUAGAGGCAACCCUGCCACCAAACAGCAGGGAGAGACUGGCAGUUGAGCAGAUAUGGUUCGGGAGAGAGAUAAUGGACAUAGUAGCAGAAGAGGGAGAAGGAAGAAGAGAAAGGCAUCAGAAAUUUGAGACUUGGGAAAUGAUGCUGAAGAGUGUAGGGUUUAUCAAAGUUCCAUUGAGUCCCUUUGCACGUUCGCAGGCCGAGCUCUUGCUAAGGCUCAAUUAUCCUUCUGAUGGCUAUCAGCUUCGGAUUCUCAACAAUUCUUUCUUCUUAGGCUGGCAGAAUCAUUCCCUCUUCUCUGUUUCUUCCUGGAAUUAGUUAGCUCCCUCAAUUACUUGCCUUUUUUCUAUUUAAUCAUUAAUGUCUCCUCAUAUACAUCAUCAAAUGCUCUCCUACAUUCAUAUAGCACUAAUUAUUUGUCUUAUAUUUAGAUUAGGAAUAACUUUUUUCUUUGUUAAUUACGUUAGACCAAUUAAUGUUUUGUAUUGAGCAUCAUAGCAUAAAUAUUAUAAUGAGGAUGGCGAAG